CUCCAGCACCGUCAACACCAACAUCAAUACCAUCAUCAGUAACAUCAUAUCCCGAACUCAAUCAUGGCUACCAACGGGACUCAUGUCACCAACGGCUCCAAAGAGCCAGAAAUCAUCCUAUACACCAAUCAUGGUUGCCCAUGGGCUCAUCGAGCUCACAUCGCCAUCAAAGAGCUCGGCCUCAAAUAUGAAGAAAAGAUAAUCGACCUAGACCGACCCCGCGAUCCGUGGUAUUUGGAAGUCAAUCCGCGCGGCCUCGUCCCCAGCAUAAACUACAACGGCGACAUCAUCACCGAAUCCGCCGUCGUCGCGCAAUUCCUCGCCGACGCACAUCCAAGUCACUUACUCCCGGCAUCCAAUGCCGAGGGCGCCGCACUCCUCCGUGCCCGCGUGUCUUUCUUUGUCGACACUUUCGUCUCCAAGGUCCUCCCGCAAUUCAUGGCUGGGCAGCGUGCCCAGACCGAAACCGAAAAGGACGAAGCCACCGAGGCAUUGGUCGCGGCUGUAGCGAAGGAAAUCGAGCCGUUAUUCACUUGGGAUAAGUCUGCCGGGCCAUAUUUCGGAGGGAAUGAGCGGUUGACGCUCGCUGAGGCGCUGACCGGCCCAUUCGUUCUCCGACUUUUGUCCUUGAGCAAACCCGAAUACGAACUACUCAGUCCCAAGAUCACCACCUUGCUUGAAGAGAAGACUCCGAGGUUCAGUGCUUGGGCUCAGAAGCUGGUGCAGGAGGAGAGCGUGACUUAUAUCUGGGAUGAGCAGAAAGUCGCGGCAAGGACGAAGGCGAGAUUCGCAAAGCUGGCUGCCGAGAAGAAACUUUAGUUCAAUGAAUAUUUAUUGACCUUUCGGUUAUGUUGCACACUAUGAUCAUAACCAUACAGGCU